GGCCCCGGCGCCGGGAGAUGGUGGAGCCGGUGUGAGCGGCACCGGGGCGGCAGCCGGCUGCGGCCCCCCUGGCCCCAGCCCCGGGGGGGUGCCCGGCCCCCCCCGGCCCAGCCAUGCCCGCCGGCAGCAACGAGCCCGACGGGAUCCUCAGCUACCAGAGACACGACGAAGAGGCGGUGAUUGACCAGGGAAGAACGAGCAAUGUUGUCAAUAUUCACUAUGAGAAGGAGGAGCUGGAAGGACAUCGGACCCUGUACGUGGGUGUGCGGAUGCCGCUGGUGAGGCAGAGCCACCGGCAUCACCGACCCCACAGCCAGAAGCAUCGGAAACGGGAACGGGAGAAGGAGUCUGCCCCAACAGAGCAGGGAUACCAUUACACCCCGUCCCAGAGGGUGCAGUUCAUCCUCGGGACCGAGGAGGACGAGCAGCACGUCCCUCAUGACUUGUUCACCGAGCUGGAUGAGAUCUGCAUGAAAGAGGGCAAAGAUGCCGAGUGGAAGGAGACGGCCAGGUGGCUGAAGUUUGAGGAGGACGUGGAAGACGGCGGCGAGCGCUGGAGCAAGCCCUACGUGGCCACACUGUCCUUGCACAGCCUCUUUGAGCUGAGGAGCUGCCUCAUCAACGGGACGGUGCUGCUGGACAUCUGCGCCAACAGCAUCGAAGAGAUUGCCGAUAUGAUCCUGGGCCAGCAAGAGCAGUCCACGGAAUUUGAUGAGCACAUGCGGGCAAGAGUUCGAGAUGUCCUUUUGAAGAAGCAUCACCAUCAGAACGAGAAGAAAAGAAACAACCUUCUCCCCAUUGUCCGCUCAUUUGCUGAUGUGAGCAAGAAGCAGUCAGACCUGCACCUCCUCGACAGGCCAGCCCAAACACUCACCCCGCAUCCUUCUCCCACCACGGCAGAAGCUAAAAAUGGGGUGAACCACGAGACCAACAUAACGGAUUUAAGCAAGGCGGAGCUGCACUUCAUGAAGAAAAUUCCCACCGGGGCUGAAGCGUCCAAUGUGCUCGUGGGAAACCUGGAUUUCCUUCACCAGCCCAUCGUGGCGUUUGUCCGCCUGACCCCGGCUGUCCUCCUCUCGGGCAUGACGGAAGUUCCCAUCCCAACCAGGUUCCUGUUUGUUUUGCUGGGACCAGAAGGAAAAGCCCACCAGUACCAUGAGAUUGGCAGGGCCAUGGCUACUAUCAUGACAGAUGAGGUUUUCCAUGACGUUGCUUAUAAAGCCAAGAACCGGGCUGACCUUGUGGCUGGUGUGGACGAGUUCCUGGAUCAGGUCACGGUCUUGCCGCCAGGAGAGUGGGAUCCAUCAAUCCGAAUCGAGCCCCCAAAAAACGUCCCUUCGCAGGAGAAACGGAAGAUACCAGGAGCUCUCGAUGACCGUGCACACAGCAAGCCGGAGAAGCACAGCGGCCCUGAACUGGAGCGGACGGGAAGGUGCUCUUUUGGGGGUUUGGUCCUGGAUGUGAAGCGGAAAGCCCCAUGGUUCUGGAGUGACUUUCGGGAUGGUCUGAGCCUGCAGUGCCUGGCAUCCUUCCUCUUCCUCUACUGUGCCUGCAUGUCCCCUGUCAUCACCUUUGGGGGGCUGCUGGGGGAGGCAACCAACGGCCACAUAAGUGCCAUGGAGUCGCUGCUGGGUGCAUCCAUGACCGGCGUGGUGUAUUCCCUCUUUGCCGGGCAACCUCUCACCAUCCUUGGCAGCACCGGACCCGUCCUUGUGUUUGAGAAGAUCCUCUACAAAUUUUGCAAGGAGUACACGCUCUCCUAUCUCUCCCUGCGGGCGUGCAUUGGGCUGUGGACUGCCUUCUUCUGCAUCGUGCUGGUGGCCACCGACGCCAGCUCUUUGGUGUGCUACAUCACCCGCUUCACCGAAGAAGCCUUUGCCUCCCUCAUCUGCAUCAUCUUCAUCUACGAGGCGCUAGAGAAGCUGAGUCACCUGCGAGAGACCUACCCUGUGCACAUGCACAGCAAGCUUGACUUCCUCACCACCUACUACUGUAAGUGCGAGGCACCAAUUCAUCCCAGCAAUGACACCCUGCGUUUCUGGGACAGCAACAAGAUCGAUGUGUCUGGCAUCACCUGGGAAAAUCUCACGGUGUCUGAAUGCCGGCAUCUGCGUGGUGAGUUUCAAGGACCUGCCUGUGGACACAACGGCCCCUACGCGCCUAACGUCCUCUUCUGGUGCUGCAUUCUCUUCUUCUCCACCUUCGUCCUGUCGAGCUUAUUGAAGAAGUUCAAGACCAGCCGCUACUUCCCAACCAAAGUACGGUCCAUGGUGAGUGACUUUGCGGUUUUCCUCACCAUCGUCAUCAUGGUGCUCAUUGACUUUGCGAUUGGGAUCCCAUCACCGAAGCUCCACGUCCCCCAUAUGUUCAAGCCGACCAGAGAUGACCGUGGGUGGUUCAUCAACCCCAUAGGACCGAACCCAUGGUGGACGGUGUUGGCUGCGCUGAUCCCAGCUCUGCUGUGCACCAUCUUGAUAUUCAUGGACCAGCAGAUCACGGCUGUGAUUGUGAACAGGAAGGAGCACAGGCUGAAGAAAGGAUGUGGUUACCACCUGGACCUUUUCAUGGUGGCUGUGAUGCUGGGGGUGUGCUCCGUGAUGGGGCUGCCCUGGUUUGUGGCUGCGACCGUCCUGUCCAUCACCCACGUGAACAGCCUCAAAGUAGAGUCUGACUGCUCGGCUCCAGGAGAACAACCCAAGUUUUUGGGGAUACGAGAGCAGAGGGUCACUGGCUUGAUGAUCUUUGUGCUCAUGGGCUGCUCGGUCUUCUUCACUUCUGUGUUGAAGUUUAUACCAAUGCCUGUGCUUUAUGGUGUCUUCCUCUACAUGGGCGUAUCGUCGCUCAGAGGAAUUCAGUUCUUCGAUCGCUUGAAGCUGUUUUGGAUGCCAGCAAAACACCAGCCAGAUUUCAUCUACCUGCGGCACGUCCCCUUGCGAAAGGUGCAUCUCUUCACCGUGAUCCAGCUGAUCUGCCUCGUCCUGCUCUGGGCCAUCAAGGCAUCCCGUGCCGCCAUCAUCUUUCCCAUGAUGGUGCUGGCUCUCGUUUUUGUCCGGAAAGUGAUGGAUCUCUGCUUCUCGAAGCGAGAGCUCAGCUUUCUGGAUGACCUUAUGCCAGAAAGCAAGAAGAAGAAGUUGGAUGAUGCCAAAAAUGAAGCCAAAGAAGAAGAGGAGUCCCAGAAGAUGAUGGAAGCUGCUGCUGCUGCAAAUUCAGUUCAGCUGAAACUGGGGAAGACCAGCGACUCUGCUAUCCCAAAGCCAAGCAGUGACAGGGCUGAUCCUUCAGAGAUUAAUAUCUCCGAUGAGAUGGCAAAAACGACCGUGUGGAAGGCUCUCACUAUGAACACGGAAACACUCUGAAUCCAGGAGGAAACAGGAGCCUUGACUUUGAAGGAGAGGAGUGAGAAUGUGACUCAGGGAUGUGCCAACGCAGACACGGGGAGAGAUGGCUUAUUUUCCGUUGGAGGAUUCCCAUUAAAGCCAUGCAGAUGUUUUCAAUUGUCCUUGGUGUGCUUCAGGCAUUCAGUAUCUCUAGACCAGCAAACUGAGGUGCACAUCACAGUCAGUGGGAGUUCGGUGUUGUUAAGCCUCCGUGUGUACGUGUGUGUGUUGUUGCAGUUUUGUAGUGGUAGAGGGACUGCUACCGCUUUAUCAUUCAGUGCUAUUUUUUUAAUAUCUAAUUCCUCCUCUCCUUUCUCAUUUUUCAAAAUAUAAACUCUGACUGUACAAAAUAA